AAUAAAGAGGAGAGAGCCGAGCAGGGCUGAACAAUAGAGACAGGCGGACGGGCGAGCCGAAGAGCCAGCUGCCGCUGCUGGGGGACUGCGGGCGCCCAGGCAGCCCGGACCCCGGCCGGGCCCUGGCCCCGGCCACACAGCAGGCGGCCAGCGCCCUGGGGAGAGGGACCAUGGGGCGGCCGGCGACAGGCGCCCCCAGCUCACCAAGCGCCGCCGCCUGAGGGAGGCUCGGCGUCCUCUGCCCCAUCCCCGCCGCCCGGCGCCCGCCCGGAGCCCCACAACCGCCGCGCCCAGUGACCUCCGCCCACCGGGCGCCGAGCCACCCUCGGCCCGAGGCUUCGCCGGCCGCCGGCUGCCCUCGGACGCCCUCCUCCAGUCAUGAACCCCCCGGAAGGGGCAGCGGAGGAAGGAGGAGCCGCCGACUCGGACGUGGAUGCCUUUUUCCGGACAGGAUCUUUUCGGAAUGAUGGUUUGAAAGCUUCUGAUGUCCUUCCCAUCCUAAAGGAAAAAGUGGCCUUCGUGUCUGGGGGCCGUGAUAAGCGAGGUGGACCCAUCUUGACCUUCCCUGCUCGAAGCAAUCAUGACAGAAUAAGACAGGAUGACCUGCGGAAACUUGUGACGUAUUUGGCCAGUGUGCCAAGUGAGGACGUGUGCAAACGUGGCUUCACCGUCAUCAUCGACAUGCGAGGCUCCAAGUGGGACCUCAUCAAGCCCCUCCUCAAAACGCUGCAAGAAGCAUUUCCAGCCGAGAUCCAUGUGGCCCUCAUCAUCAAGCCAGAUAACUUCUGGCAGAAACAGAAGACCAACUUUGGCAGCUCUAAAUUCAUCUUUGAGACGAGCAUGGUGUCUGUGGAGGGCCUCACGAAGCUGGUGGAUCCCUCUCAGCUGACAGAAGAGUUUGAUGGCUCUCUGGACUACAACCACGAGGAGUGGAUUGAGCUGCGGCUCUCCUUGGAGGAGUUCUUCAACAGCGCAGUGCACCUGCUGUCACGCCUUGAGGACCUGCAGGAGAUGCUGGCUCGGAAGGAGUUCCCCGUGGAUGUGGAGGGCUCUCGGCGGCUUAUCGAUGAGCACACGCAGCUUAAGAAAAAGGUGCUGAAGGCCCCUGUGGAAGAGCUGGACCGGGAGGGGCAGCGGCUGCUGCAGUGCAUCCGCUGCAGUGAUGGCUUCUCAGGGCGCAACUGCAUCCCGGGCAGUGCUGACUUCCAGAGCCUGGUGCCUAAGAUCACGAGCCUCCUGGACAAGCUACACUCCACCCGGCAACACCUGCACCAGAUGUGGCAUGUGCGCAAACUCAAGCUGGACCAGUGCUUCCAACUGCGGCUCUUUGAGCAGGAUGCUGAGAAGAUGUUUGACUGGAUAAGCCACAACAAGGAAUUAUUUCUCCAGAGCCACACGGAGAUUGGAGUCAGCUACCAGCAUGCCCUAGACCUCCAGACACAGCACAAUCACUUCGCCAUGAACUCCAUGAAUGCUUAUGUCAACAUCAACCGCAUCAUGUCCGUGGCUUCCCGCCUCUCUGAGGCUGGCCAUUAUGCCUCCCAGCAAAUCAAGCAGAUCUCCACACAGCUGGACCAGGAGUGGAAGAGCUUUGCCGCUGCUCUGGACGAACGUAGCACCAUCCUGGCCAUGUCUGCUGUGUUCCACCAGAAGGCUGAGCAGUUCCUGUCUGGAGUGGAUGCCUGGUGCAAGAUGUGCAGUGAAGGUGGCCUGCCAUCUGAGAUGCAAGACCUGGAACUGGCAAUCCACCACCAUCAGACCUUGUACGAGCAGGUGACCCAGGCCUACACAGAGGUCAGCCAGGAUGGUAAAGCACUGCUGGAUGUGUUACAGCGUCCCUUGAGUCCUGGGAACUCUGAGUCCCUCACAGCCACAGCUAACUACUCCAAGGCAGUGCACCAGGUGCUGGAUGUGGUGCAUGAGGUGCUGCACCACCAGCGGCGGCUUGAGAGCAUCUGGCAACACCGCAAGGUGCGACUCCACCAGCGGCUGCAGCUCUGUGUCUUCCAGCAGGAUGUGCAGCAGGUGUUGGACUGGAUUGAAAACCAUGGUGAAGCCUUUCUCAGCAAACACACUGGGGUUGGAAAAUCCCUGCAUCGAGCUCGAGCCCUGCAGAAGAGGCAUGAUGACUUUGAAGAGGUGGCUCAGAAUACGUACACCAAUGCCGACAAACUCCUAGAAGCAGCGGAGCAGUUGGCUCAGACCGGCGAAUGUGACCCAGAGGAGAUCUACAAAGCAGCUCGACACCUGGAGGUGCGCAUCCAGGACUUCGUGCGCAGGGUAGAGCAGCGGAAGCUUCUCCUAGACAUGUCUGUCUCCUUCCACACACACACCAAAGAGUUGUGGACAUGGAUGGAGGACCUACAGAAGGAGAUGCUGGAGGAUGUCUGUGCGGACUCUGUGGAUGCAGUCCAGGAACUGAUCAAGCAGUUCCAGCAGCAGCAGACUGCCACCCUGGAUGCCACCCUCAACGUCAUCAAAGAAGGCGAAGACCUUAUCCAGCAGCUCAGGUCAGCGCCUCCCUCCCUGGGGGAGCCCACCGAGGCCAGGGACUCAGCUGUGUCCAACAACAAAACACCACACAGUAGCUCCAUCAGCCACAUCGAGUCAGUUCUACAACAGCUGGAUGAUGCCCAGGUGCAGAUGGAGGAGCUGUUUCAUGAGCGGAAGAUCAAGCUGGACAUCUUCCUGCAGUUGCGCAUCUUUGAGCAGUACACCAUUGAGGUGACAGCAGAGCUGGAUGCCUGGAAUGAGGACUUGCUCAGGCAAAUGAAUGACUUCAACACAGAGGAUCUGACCCUGGCAGAGCAGCGGCUGCAGCGCCACACAGAGCGGAAACUAGCCAUGAACAACAUGACCUUUGAGGUCAUCCAGCAGGGCCAGGAUCUGCACCAGUAUAUCAUGGAGGUCCAGGCCUCAGGAAUUGAAUUAAUCUGUGAAAAAGACAUUGAUCUGGCAGCCCAGGUGCAAGAGCUACUGGAGUUUCUCCACGAGAAGCAGCAUGAAUUGGAGCUCAACGCAGAGCAGACCCACAAGCGGCUAGAGCAGUGUCUCCAACUGCGACACCUCCAGGCCGAGGUCAAACAGGUCCUGGGAUGGAUACGUAAUGGAGAGUCCAUGCUCAAUGCUAGUCUGGUAAAUGCCAGCUCUUUGUCGGAGGCAGAGCAGCUGCAGCGGGAGCACGAGCAGUUCCAACUAGCCAUCGAGUCCCUCUUUCAUGCCACUUCCUUGCAGAAGACGCACCAGAGUGCCCUGCAGGUGCAGCAGAAAGCUGAGGCACUGCUCCAGGCUGGCCACUAUGAUGCAGAUGCCAUCCGGGAAUGUGCCGAGAAGGUAGCCCUCCACUGGCAGCAGCUCAUGCUGAAGAUGGAAGACCGACUCAAACUGGUCAAUGCCUCUGUGGCCUUUUACAAAACUUCUGAACAGGUGUGCAGUGUCCUGGAGAGCUUAGAGCAAGAAUAUCGGAGAGACGAGGAUUGGUGCGGUGGACGAGAUAAACUGGGGCCAGCAGCAGAGAUCGACCAUGUCAUUCCACUCAUCAGCAAACACUUGGAACAAAAGGAAGCUUUUCUUAAGGCCUGUACCCUGGCACGGCGGAAUGCUGAAGUGUUUCUCAAGUACAUCCACAGGAACAAUGUCAGCAUGCCCAGUGUCGCCAGCCACACCCGGGGCCCUGAGCAGCAAGUGAAAGCCAUCUUGAGCGAGCUCUUACAGAGGGAAAAUCGUGUCCUGCAUUUCUGGACCUUGAAAAAGAGGCGGUUAGACCAGUGCCAGCAAUAUGUGGUGUUUGAGCGCAGUGCCAAACAGGCACUGGACUGGAUCCAAGAAACGGGUGAAUAUUACCUCUCAACACAUACCUCCAUGGGAGAGACCACAGAGGAGACUCAGGAGCUACUAAAAGAAUAUGGAGAAUUCAGGGUGCCUGCCAAGCAAACAAAGGAGAAGGUGAAGCUUCUGAUUCAGCUGGCUGAUAGCUUUGUAGAAAAAGGCCACAUUCAUGCCACAGAGAUAAGGAAAUGGGUGACCACAGUGGACAAACACUAUCGGGAUUUCUCUUUGAGGAUGGGGAAGUACCGAUACUCCCUGGAGAAAGCCCUAGGAGUCAACACAGAGGAUAACAAGGACCUGGAGCUAGACAUCAUACCAGCAAGCCUUUCCGAUCGUGAGGUCAAGCUUCGGGAUGCCAACCAUGAAGUUAAUGAAGAGAAGCGAAAGUCAGCCCGAAAGAAAGAAUUCAUUAUGGCUGAACUCCUUCAGACCGAGAAAGCUUAUGUAAGGGACUUACAUGAGUGCUUGGAGACUUACCUGUGGGAAAUGACCAGUGGUGUGGAAGAGAUCCCCCCUGGGAUCCUUAAUAAAGAGCAUAUCAUCUUUGGCAACAUCCAGGAGAUCUACGAUUUUCAUAACAACAUUUUCCUUAAAGAGCUGGAGAAGUAUGAGCAGCUGCCUGAGGAUGUGGGACACUGCUUUGUCACCUGGGCAGACAAAUUUCAAAUGUAUGUCACCUACUGUAAAAACAAGCCUGAUUCCAACCAGCUGAUCCUGGAGCAUGCAGGCACCUUCUUUGAUGAGAUCCAGCAGCGGCAUGGUCUGGCUAACUCCAUCUCUUCCUACCUAAUUAAGCCUGUGCAGAGGAUCACCAAAUACCAACUGCUCCUGAAGGAACUUUUAACUUGCUGUGAAGAAGGGAAAGGGGAGCUCAAGGAUGGCUUGGAGGUGAUGCUCAGUGUCCCCAAGAAAGCCAAUGAUGCCAUGCAUGUCAGCAUGCUGGAAGGGUUCGAUGAGAACCUGGACGUACAGGGGGAAUUGAUUCUCCAGGAUGCCUUUCAAGUGUGGGACCCGAAAUCACUGAUCCGGAAGGGACGGGAGCGGCACUUGUUCCUCUUUGAAAUCUCCUUAGUUUUUAGCAAGGAGAUCAAAGAUUCUUCAGGACACACGAAAUAUGUUUACAAGAACAAGCUACUGACCUCAGAGCUGGGUGUGACCGAGCACGUAGAGGGCGACCCCUGCAAAUUUGCCUUGUGGUCUGGCCGCACCCCAUCCUCAGACAAUAAAACAGUGCUCAAAGCUUCCAACAUUGAAACCAAGCAGGAGUGGAUCAAGAACAUUCGAGAAGUGAUUCAAGAAAGGAUUAUUCACCUAAAAGGAGCUUUAAAGGAGCCAAUUCAGCUCCCCAAAACACCAGCCAAACAGAGGAACAAUAGUAAGAGGGACGGAGUGGAGGAUAUUGACAGCCAGGGGGAUGGGAGCAGUCAGCCAGACACCAUCUCCAUUGCAUCUAGGACCUCUCAAAACACAGUGGACAGUGACAAGCUCUCCGGUGGAUGUGAGUUGACCGUCGUCCUCCAGGACUUCAGUGCAGGCCACAGCAGCGAGCUGAGCAUCCAGGUGGGACAGACAGUGGAGCUGCUGGAGCGGCCCAGCGAGAGGCCAGGCUGGUGUCUGGUCCGCACCACAGAACGAAGCCCACCUCAGGAGGGCCUGGUCCCCAGCAGCACCCUGUGCAUCUCCCAUUCACGAAGCAGCGUGGAGAUGGACUGCUUCUUCCCUUUGGUGAAAGAUGCGUAUUCUCAUUCCUCCAGUGAAAACGGGGGCAAGUCUGAGUCUGUGGCCAACCUGCAGGGCCAGCCUUCUCUCAACUCCAUCCACAGUUCCCCUGGUCCCAAGCGCUCCACCAACACCCUUAAGAAGUGGCUGACAAGUCCCGUGCGUCGGCUCAACAGUGGGAAAGCAGAUGGAAACAUCAAAAAGCAGAAGAAAGUACGAGAUGGUCGGAAGAGUUUUGACCUGGGAUCUCCAAAACCUGGGGAUGAGACGACCCCACAGGGAGACAGUGCUGAUGAGAAGAGCAAGAAAGGUUGGGGUGAAGAUGAGCCAGAUGAAGAGUCGCACACUCCCCUCCCUCCACCUAUGAAGAUCUUUGACAAUGACCCCACCCAGGACGAGAUGUCCUCCUCUUUGUUAGCAGCCCGGCAGGCUUCCACUGAAGUACCUACUGCUGCAGACCUUGUCAGUGCAAUAGAAAAGUUGGUCAAAAGCAAGCUGACUCUAGAAGGAGGCUCCUACCGAGGGAGUCUAAAAGACCCCACAGGCUGCCUGAAUGAGGGGAUGACCCCGCCUACACCUCCUAGAAACCUGGAAGAAGAACAGAAAGCCAAGGCCCUGAGAGGCAGGAUGUUUGUCCUGAAUGAGCUGGUACAGACAGAGAAAGACUAUGUCAAGGACCUGGGAAUUGUGGUGGAGGCCUUCAUGAAGAGGAUAGAGGAGAAGGGUGUCCCUGAGGAUAUGCGAGGGAAGGAUAAAAUUGUGUUUGGAAAUAUCCACCAGAUCUAUGACUGGCAUAAGGACUUCUUCCUGGGUGAACUGGAAAAAUGUAUCCAAGAACAAGAUAGACUGGCCCAGCUCUUUAUUAAACAUGAACGGAAGCUGCACAUCUAUGUGUGGUACUGCCAGAACAAGCCACGCUCUGAGUACAUUGUGGCUGAAUAUGAAGCCUACUUCGAGGAGGUAAAACAGGAGAUAAAUCAAAGGCUGACACUGAGUGACUUCCUUAUCAAGCCCAUUCAGAGAAUAACAAAAUACCAGUUGCUCCUCAAGGACUUCCUGAGAUACAGUGAGAAGGCUGGUUUGGAGUGUACAGAUAUUGAGAAAGCAGUGGAGUUAAUGUGCCUUGUUCCCAAACGUUGCAAUGACAUGAUGAAUCUGGGACGCCUACAAGGCUUUGAGGGCACCCUCACUGCCCAGGGCAAGCUGCUGCAGCAGGACACGUUCUAUGUGAUCGAGCUGGACGCUGGCAUGCAGUCUCGGACCAAGGAGAGGCGUGUGUUCCUCUUUGAGCAGAUCGUAAUCUUCAGUGAACUGCUCAGGAAGGGGUCCCUCACCCCGGGCUACAUGUUCAAAAGGAGCAUCAAGAUGAAUUACUUGGUCUUGGAGGAGAAUGUGGACAAUGACCCUUGCAAAUUUGCACUCAUGAACAGGGAGACUUCUGAGAAGGUCAUUCUGCAAGCUGCCAACUCAGACAUCCAGCAGGCCUGGGUACAGGACAUCAAUCAAGUCCUAGAAACACAGCGAGACUUCUUAAAUGCACUACAGUCACCCAUUGAGUAUCAGCGGAAAGAACGGAGCACAGCCGUGAUUCGGUCCCAGCCUGCUAGGGUUCCCCAAGUCAGCCCCAGGCCCUACUCCUCUGUCCCUGUGGGCUCUGAGAAGCCUCCAAAGGGCUCCAGCUACAAUCCACCUUUGCCACCGUUGAAGAUAUCUACCUCCAAUGGCAUGCCAGGGUUCGACUGCCACCAACCUGGCGACAAGUUUGAGUCUAGCAAGCAGAACGACCUGGGGGGCUGCAAUGGGACCUCGUCUAUGGCUGUGAUCAAAGAUUACUAUGCACUGAAGGAAAAUGAAAUCUGUGUGAGCCAAGGGGAAGUGGUCCAGGUCCUAGCCGUCAAUCAGCAGAACAUGUGCCUGGUGUACCAGCCUGCCAGCGACCAUUCACCCGCAGCUGAGGGCUGGGUCCCAGGCAGCAUCCUGGCUCCCCUCAGCAAACCCACAGCAGCAGCAGAAAGUAGUGAUGGCAGCAUCAAGAAGUCAUGUUCAUGGCAUACUCUACGCAUGAGAAAGCGGGCGGAAGUGGAGAACACGGGUAAAAAUGAAGCCACAGGGCCUCGUAAACCCAAGGAUAUUCUGGGCAACAAAGUCUCUGUUAAAGAGACGAACAGUUCCGAGGAGUCAGAGUGUGAUGAUCUUGACCCUAAUACUAGCAUGGAGAUCUUAAAUCCAAAUUUCAUCCAAGAAGUGGCCCCAGAAUUCCUCAUGCCCUUAGUGGACGUGACCUGCUUGCUCGGGGACACAGUGAUACUGCAGUGCAAAGUCUGUGGGCGGCCAAAGCCCACCAUCACCUGGAAGGGUCCAGACCAGAACAUCCUGGACACUGACAACAACUCGGCCUCAUACAGUGUCUCCUCCUGUGACUCUGGGGAAAUCACCCUGAAGAUCUGCAAUCUGAUGCCUCAGGACAGUGGGAUUUAUACCUGCAUAGCCACAAAUGACCAUGGGACCACAUCCACAUCUGCUACAGUCAAGGUGCAAGGUGUUCCUGCAGCUCCCAACCGCCCCAUCGCCCAGGAGAGGAGCUGCACCUCUGUGAUUCUCCGCUGGCUGCCCCCAGCCAGCACGGGGAACUGCACCAUCUCAGGAUAUACCGUGGAGUACCGGGAGGAAGGUUCCCAGGUCUGGCAGCAGUCGGUGGCUUCGACCUUGGACACUUACCUCGUCAUCGAAGACCUUAGUCCUGGGUGUCCUUAUCAGUUCAGAGUCAGUGCCAGCAACCCUUGGGGAAUCAGCCUUCCCAGCGAACCCUCGGAGUUUGUGCGACUUCCAGAGUAUGAUGCGGCUGCUGAUGGAGCCACCAUUUCUUGGAAGGAAAAUUUUGACUCUGCUUAUACUGAGCUGAAUGAGAUUGGAAGAGGCCGAUUUUCUAUAGUGAAGAAAUGCAUUCACAAAGCUACCCGGAAAGAUGUUGCUGUGAAAUUUGUGAGCAAAAAAAUGAAGAAGAAGGAGCAGGCUGCCCACGAGGCUGCACUGCUGCAGCACCUGCAGCACCCUCAGUACGUCACACUGCACGACACCUAUGAGUCCCCCACGUCCUACAUCCUGAUCUUGGAACUGAUGGAUGAUGGCCGGCUCUUAGACUACCUUAUGAAUCAUGACGAAUUGAUGGAGGAGAAAGUAGCUUUCUACAUCCGGGACAUCAUGGAGGCUCUGCAGUACCUUCACAACUGCAGGGUUGCACACCUGGACAUAAAGCCUGAGAACCUGCUCAUUGACCUUCGGAUUCCAGUGCCUCGAGUGAAGCUCAUUGACUUGGAAGAUGCUGUCCAGAUCUCAGGCCACUUCCACAUCCACCACCUGCUGGGGAAUCCCGAGUUCGCUGCCCCAGAAGUGAUCCAAGGCAUCCCCGUCUCCCUGGGCACAGAUAUCUGGAGCAUCGGGGUUCUGACCUAUGUCAUGCUGAGCGGGGUCUCGCCCUUCCUGGAUGAAAGCAAAGAGGAGACGUGCAUCAACGUGUGCAGGGUGGAUUUCAGCUUCCCCCACGAGUACUUCUGUGGUGUGAGCAAUGCCGCCAGAGAUUUCAUCAAUGUGAUCUUACAGGAAGACUUCCGCCGGCGGCCCACAGCAGCCACUUGCCUGCAGCACCCGUGGCUGCAGCCACACAAUGGCAGCUACUCCAAGAUCCCCCUGGACACCUCCCGCCUGGCCUGCUUCAUAGAGCGCCGCAAGCACCAGAAUGAUGUGCGUCCUAUUCCCAAUGUCAAGAGCUACAUUGUCAACAGAGUGAACCAAGGGACAUAGCCAUCUCCCAGCCCCUGAGGUAUCACAUAGAUGGGGGGUGUGAACCAAAGCAAGACUGACUGUCUGUAAAUAACUCUGUCUGUUACUUCACCCUGUGUGGCUCUCUGGAGUGAGCAAUGUCCUCUUACACCUCGCUGCUGGUUUUUCAGGGUCUGAGCAGCAGUAAAAGUCACCUGAAACCCAGGGGCUUUCCAGAAGGUAAUUCUGAGAAAUAAAGAUGCAGAGCUGCAGAAAGAAUUAAAAGAAAGGCCAGGGAUAACAAGAAUACUAGCUGUUAUAAAAUGUUUAAUUGUACAUUCCAAAAUGAUUGAUUAAGUGGGCAAGCCUUAAACUCACUGUGGUGAGUGUGAAAGGCUUCUGGCUUUGCUGAAAAUGUAAGCCAAAAGUUCUACUUAGCAGAGAUGUCAUAUAUGUCAAUUAUUCUGGUUUAGAUGACUUAGAUAUAGUUUCUUAAUAGGUUACAUGUACACAUACACUGUAAUAGACCCCAUUCAGGUUUCAGAGUUUUAUAAUAUAGAGUUAUAUAUGAAAUCAAUCAUAAGUAAAUCAGAGUGCUCCAGUUAAGACAGUAAUUUACUUACCGAAGCAUUACAUUGUUUUGACUAAGCACAAUUAGAUGACGAAUUUUUUAGAGCAUUUUAUAAAUCUUGUAUAGAAAUCUUUUACCAAAAUCUGUGCAUUAAGAGAAAGCAAUGUUACCCUUUUGCAAUCUGUGAAUGAGAUUUUUUUUUCUCUCAGUCAUGGGUUAUUUGAUGAAGAUUGGUACUGUAUAUGAAAUAAUACCCCCGAAUUCACGACUGGCUCACAGUUCAUCUGGCAGGAAAGUCUGCCAGGAAGUAAGUCCAAAGCCAGGAAGAGUUGUGGGGUUAUUUUUAUGUCUAUACCUGGCUUGAAAUAGGUAAGUGACUAUCACAGGUUCAUUCAAAAGGGCAAAGAGAAACCUUUCCUACAGUUCCUAUGAACAAUGUACCAACACUUUCUGACUUCGUCUACAGAAAGUUGGCUUGCUUUAUUUCUAACCCCACUGAAGCGUAGGGGUCUUACCAAAAGGAGGCAGCCAUACAAGCCUUUUGCAGGCCUGGUCCUAAGUCCUUUUUAAAGCCAUGAGCAAACCUGAUACAUCACCCUAACCGAGCAUUGAAUUUUAACUGAGGUUGCAAUACUUAUCACCACUCAGCCACCAGUAUUUCUCUGGACUAAAAGGACUAAUUGCAUGUGGAGGCCAAUGCUGCUUUCUGGUGUAUUUUUCCAUACAAGAUUAUUAACUGCCCUUUUUCUCUCUAAUGGGAAAGCAACUAAACCUGGGCAAUUCAUGGUUUUUGUUUGUUUGUUUUGCUUUGGUUUAUUUGGGGAGUGCGUAAGGGAAAGAGUUUUUGGACUUUGUGUUUGUAGAUGACCCACCCUUUGUUUUCUAGAAUGUGUUUUGAAAAUUGAUUUUAAGCAAAUAAUAUUCUAAAAAUAUAACUCAAGUGUGUGUUUAAAUCAGCCAUUACUUCUCUCCUGUUCGUGGGACUGAGAAGAUUAAAAUCAUGCAACACAGAAGUGCAAGCAGAGAAUUCAUGAACAAUAACAAGAACUACAAACCUAUUUAAAUAAAAAAGGAAUGGCGGAAACUAAGCCUGACCUUUAAUAUAUAAAUCCUCACAGUAAAACUGGAGAAUUAAAAAUACUCAGAAUAUUUUUCCUUUGGUUUCAAAGUGAGCUUAUUCAUCCACCUUCCACCUCAUCCCAUCCAAGAUUGUAGAUUAAUAAAUUAGUAGCAAGUACAAGCAAUAAGACUAGAUAGGACUUAGUGUUUUGGGAAUUGACCACAUUUAUGGAAACCAGCUCCGACUGUAUUGUUUCCUAGUUUUUGAGUGGGCCCAGGUCAUUAAGCCUCCCUCAGAGCUCUCUAACCCUCUGCAGUCUUCAUUUAAAGUGUGAUGUGUAUACAACUAUAAUUCUGUAUGGCAGGAUAUUUUAAAAUUUCAACGGUGUCUACUAAAAGCCCUUUUAGCAAACAUGUUUUCAUUAUGGCAUAAAGCAGGAAAGAGGAAAGCUCCACCCACAGGGCUUGUAGGGGAUAGCUCACCUCUGAAGUACGGCUUGGCAAAUGCUCUUCUGACCACCGUGGCUGACUGGGAUAAACAGCUUCCCUUGGAGCCAUUCAGAAUUGCUAUGACAGCAUCCAGGACAGUGGUGCACAGACUGCAGCAGGAAGCCUGCACCGAAAUCCUGUUGUAGGGCAGGCGAAUGACAGAACGUUAGACAGAGGCACAGCUUUCAUAUUAGCUUUGCUAUCAAAGCCAAGAUGAUCCUGAUAGGGGGCUGCAUGGAAUGCCCCCCAAGUACAUGUGUUGGGGAAGUCAGGGAAGGAGGGACAUGGAAAUGAAAAGUAGUGUGAUUUUUGUUAUCUGGAGCCAAAGUACAGUCAGUAGAGUAGAAUGAACUUAACAGAGGCCCUAAGAAAAAGGGAAUAUAUUUUACAUAGUUUGAUAACUGAAGAAACAAAUAGGGAGGCUCCCAAUCAGCACAGCACCUGGUCCCUCCCAACAGGGAUAAGAUAAUGGUCUCAGUUCAAGAAUUCUCCAAAGCUAGAAAUAACAAGAAAUCCCAGAAAGUGGGGCUGGGAAAUGUAGCUUAGGUUGUUCUGUGAGCGAAUGUGGUAGGGGACAGGAUUGGGGACCAUGCUCUUGUACUUGCUUUAGCAGAGAUUUAUUCCUCGGUAGUGGAGAAGAGGGGAGAGAAAAUAGUCCACUUCCGCUACAAUUAUGGUAGUUCUUAGCAGGAGUGAAUUUUCAGCUGAACUAGGGGCAGGGUUCAUUAAAAUCCCAAGUUUCUUGCUUGGCUUACAUUCACUGCAUACAGUUUAGAGCGUCUUUGUUUUUGCAUUGUUAAGGGUGAAGUGCAGAAAGAAGGAAAAGAUCAGGGACAACCCACAAUCACCUACUUGUAAGAAGUAUAAUAUUUUCUGUCAUCUUUUACAUUUGUUUCAAUUUUUAAAAUAGAUUUAUAUCCACUUACACAUGAAUGUGAUGAAAAACAUUUUUUUAAAAGUAAUUGUAAUGCUGGAGUUGUCCUUCAGGCUGCUCCCAGCUGUAAGCAAUCUAAAAGGAAGUGAUGGAGGCAGAGGAGAAAGUUGGCUUCAACGCUUUGUGGUUCACAAAGACUUUAUAAAUAGUAGUGCCUUUUGGAGGGGAGGAUGGGAAAUGAAGAAGUCCACUGCAUUUAGAUUGACUAGCAUUGCAGUAUUUUUCUUUAUUUUAAAGUAUCUUUUAAAUGGAAACUGCUGAAUAUAGAACAGGACCAGGAAUUCUUGAGCUUCUGCCUCACUAUUCCAGAUUCAUGCUUUCUAACAGAAAGUUUUUGUUGUUUGCCGCCCCACACAUCCCCAUUGUUAAAAUGGUAGUGGGUGGGUGUGGGGAGGAUGAAGGACACUAAUCACAUAGGAAUGUUGAGAAAAUACUAUUGUUGAGACAUCUAUAAAAUGCUCUCAUUUUUUAAAAGUGCUACACACUGCCAGUGCUAAGAAUUUUAUUGAUAGUAACUUUGAACAUUCCAGGUUUUCAAUAUUCAUGUCUUUAGAUACCAUUUACAAACUCAUGAGGUUAAAUUCUAUAAAGUGCUUCUAUUGGAAGUAGUACGUGCUCUUUGUCUAAAUGUUAUUUGGUUUUACCCUAUAAUUUUGGUCAUUUAAAAGCUUGUCUACAGACAAAGAUUAGGAGAGCUGAUGAAGUCUCAGGUCCAUAAACUGUUUUCUCCACUAUUUCUUAUGGGAGAUGAGAA